UGAACAGAGGAAUCAUUACCAUCAGGUCAGAACUGCAGAGGACUCGGCUAAAAAGAGGAAUCGUCCUGAAGCUGCAAACAGUAGUUCUCCUGGCUACAACUACAACUGAUCCUUUUACUAUCAGAACCUGGAUGAAUGAGAAUCUUCAGAGGCGCCUCAUCGCAACUCGCACUGAACAUGGAUGCCAUGAAGGAAGAGGACAUCUAUGCCUUUUUACCAGAGCAUUUGUCUACAGACACCAAAUAUAGUGGCACUUGUAGAGGUACUACACCAAUCUGCAAAGAAGAACCAUGUUUAUCCCAUGAACUUGAAGGAGGGGAGAAGCCUCAUGUCACGAAAUGUUGUGGUGAUGAGAGAACUUCUACAACUCAGCCAUCAACUCCAUCACAACAGGCAAUACCUGUGAAGGUGAUUAAAGAAGAAAAAGAAGAAGAUAUUUAUGAUUUCCUCCCCGAGUAUUUGUACAGAACAAAGGAGGAAGAGAAUGAAACUGGCACAUCGUACAUGAAAGAAGAAGCCAUGGACGUGAAAAGAGAAACAGAGUCUUCUCUAAUGGAAUGCAAUGGAGACAUGGCCCUAAUAGAUGAACACCAGACAGCUCCUUCUGGCACAGACCAUCAACAGUGUGUCACAUCUGAAAAGAAGUUUGAAGUAGAACAGCACCAGAGAACGCAUGCACCAGGAACCCCAUUCGAAUGUGCCACAUGUGGGAAAGGAUUUACACACAAGGGUGAUCUCAACAAGCAUCAGGGAACCCAUACUGGAGAAAGGCCUUACCAGUGUGCUACAUGUGGAAAAGCCUUCAUUAACAACAGUAAUCUCAUUUCCCAUCAGAGGAUCCAUACUGGAGAAAGGCCUUACCAGUGUGGUACGUGUGGAAAAGGAUUCACACAGAGAGGCCAUCUCAUCAUGCAUCAGAGAAUCCAUACUGGAGAACGGCCAUACCAGUGUGUUACGUGUGGAAAAGGCUUUACAGAGAAAGGCAGCCUCAUUUCCCAUCAGAGGAUCCAUACUGGAGAAAGGCCAUACCAGUGUGCUAUAUGUGGGAAAGGCUUUACAACUAUAAGUGCUCUCACCAUCCAUCAGAGAAUCCAUACUGGAUAACAGCCAUACCAGUGUGCUGCUUGUGGAAAAGGAUUUGGACAUAAACAUUGUCUCAACAGGCACCAGAGAAUCCAUGCUGGAGAAGGUCCUCAGUAGUGUGCUAUGUGUGGACCAGGCUUUGCCCUGAAAGGUGUCCUCAUCUCCCAUCAGAACAUCCUUCAGAAAUGUAUUACUUGUGUUUGUGACUACUUUUUAAAUAAAGUU